AUGACCGACGCAUACGAACCAGAUGACGACCGGCUCACUCCCGGGCUAGAGGUUCAGAAACCCAACUAUAAGCCCGACGAGCAGCUGCCCCCGUUUCUAACCCAAGAUUCGCUCUCUAAACCUGAUGCUACUGCUAAAUACCCUGGAGAUGAGGGAACGUCUUCGGACUUUCCCCGUAAGCCGUCGCCGACAUCCAAGCCCGAAACAACUCAGGGCGACUCGGUACUGAUCUCUCAUCUAGAACCGAAUCGCCCGGAUAUUGCGAAUUACGAGUUAGAACAUCCGCGCCCUCGGGAUCCCUGGGUAGAGGAUCAACCAAAUCUGCAGAGAACGAAAAUUGACACUCGAGCAGUUGAAGAUGGCAAAUUUCAGGAACCGCCUUCGUCAGUGGCGGAGAGAGCUCUCCAACUCUUGUCCUCUGACGUGUUACCACAACCUGAAAACUUGGUGUCACCUCCGCCUCUCAAGAGCGCAUCUCCGCCCCAAUCGAUCAAGGACUUGUUGGAACCACCUGUAACACAGGCCGAGCCAAUCAGCAUCAAAGUCGAAGUAUCAUCUCCAAAAGAAUCACAUCCGCCAGCGCCGCCAAAUUUCACCGCCGAACGCAUAUCUCCCGUUGUUUCGCCCUUGAAAAAGUUUGCAAUAUCACCUUCAGAGGCACCGGUUCAAGCCUUGCUUCCAGCACUCCAGACGUCUCCUCCGUUAGCAAUCGCCAAAUCGCCAGAGAACCACCAACAGCAUAGCCUGCCGUCGAUACAGACUGCUUUGGCCGAGAUCUCGGGGCCUUACUCUCUUCCUCCAGUAUCCACGUCCCCUCCAUCGAUACCAAGGAAUGAACCGGCAUGGGAUCAUCAACGGCCAGGACAGUUUGCUCCACCACAGGUCCCCCCUAGUCCUUAUUCCCAUCUUUCCCCUGCGAGCUCCAAGGGCAUGUCGGCCGUGUCCUCUCCAGCAUCGCAGCAACAACCCCAGUGGAGGCAUACACGAUCCGACAUCACUUAUCUUACAACGCCGCAUUAUGAACCUUCGCCAUCGGCAGUCAAGAGUCCGGCAACCAGCUAUCCCACUCCCACCGAUCAGACCCCGACAGGCGAACGGCCGCCUUUCAAUCCGUGCCCGCCGCCCACCGCACCGGUUCCCCCAGGCACAUUCAAAUGCCGGCAUCCAGGGUGCACUGCUCCACCUUUUCAGACUCAAUAUUUGCUUAACUCCCAUGCAAAUGUCCAUUCCCAAGAUCGUCCACAUUUUUGUCCCGUCGAGGGAUGUGCCCGAGGAGUUGGCGGCAAAGGAUUCAAACGCAAGAAUGAGAUGAUUCGGCAUGGCCUUGUCCAUAAUUCGCCAGGUUAUGUAUGCCCUUUCUGUCCGGAUCAGCAACAUAAAUACCCGCGGCCUGAUAACCUUCAAAGACACGUACGAGUUCACCACGUUGAUAAGAACAAGGACGAUCCCGAGCUCAGACGAGUGCUAUCUCAAAGACCUGAGGGCAGCACUCGAGGCCGACGACGCCGAACCACUGCCCAGUAG